CCGGAAGUUGUGUGUGACUUCCGGCUUCGGCGUGGGGCGCUUGAAUUGGGUGAAAGGUGAAGAAGACGACCCGCAGCCACUUUGUGCACAAACUGUGAUCGCUUCCUGUACAUUUCAACUCACCUGAGCCCACCUGAGUCCCACCAUGCUGCAGAACACGGGGAAGCUAGCUGGCUGCACGCUCUUCAUCACCGGAGCGAGUCGAGGAAUUGGGAAGGCCAUCGCUCUGAAAGCUGCUAGAGAUGGUGCAAACAUCGUGAUUGCUGCCAAAACUGCAGAGCCCCACCCCAAACUGCCCGGGACCAUCUACACCGCAGCACAGGAGGUGGAGGCGGCGGGUGGGAAAGCAUUGCCUUGCGUGGUGGACAUUCGUGACGAACGGCAGAUCGGAGAUGCUGUUCAGAAAGCUGUUGACGCGUUUGGAGGCAUCGACAUCUUGGUGAACAAUGCAAGCGCCAUCAGUCUGACGGGAACUCUGGAGACGCCGAUGAAAAAGGUCGACCUGAUGCUGGGAAUCAACCUGAGAGGAACUUACCUGACGUCUAAGCUGGUCAUCCCUCACCUGCUGAAGAGUCGGAAUCCUCACAUCCUGAACCUGUCGCCGCCCCUCAACCUGAACCCCGUCUGGUUCAAGAACCACACCGCCUACACGAUGGCGAAAUAUGGCAUGUCCAUGUGCGUGCUGGGCAUGGCUGAAGAGUUCAGAGGUCAAAUUGCCGUCAACGCCCUCUGGCCAAGGACUGCGAUUCAGACGGCAGCCAUGGACAUGCUGGGGGGAGAUGGCGUCGGUAAACAGUGCCGGAAAGCUGACAUCAUCGCAGACGCCGCCUACGCCAUCCUGUCCCGUCCGAAGGAUUACACGGGUCACUUCGUGGUGGAUGAGGACUUCCUCAGAGAGCAGGGCGUCAAAGACUUCGACCAGUACGCCGUCCAGCCGGGUCACCCUCUGCUGCCGGACUUCUUCCUGGACGAGACUCCAGAGUCACUGGUGGAGAAGAUGGAGCAGCAUGGGGCAACCCCAGCCUUUAAACCACCAUCCUCAUCAUCACCCACGCCCACCUCUGGAGGCCCAGUGGAAAGCACUUUUGAUGUCAUCAGAGGAGUCAUUAAUGAAGACGUUGUAAAGUCUACCCAAGGCGUCUAUCAGUUCGACCUGUCAGGAGACCACACUGGUGUUUGGUUUCUGGACUUGAAGACUGGCUCGGGCAGCGUGGGGCAGGGCGAGCCCCCCGCCAAAGCUGACGUUGUCAUGAAAAUGGACUCCAGUGACUUCAGCAAGAUGUUUUCAGGCCAACUGAAGCCUACGAUGGCAUUCAUGUCAGGGAAGCUGAAGAUUAAAGGAGACAUGACGCUGGCGAUCAAGUUGGAGAAACUAAUGAACCGCAUGAAUAAGGCCAAACUGUGAAACUGAAGGCCCCGCUCACAUGCAUACAGGCUCCACCCUCUUGCCCUUUGUUGCUGUACAUGUUGCCUUAAUAAUAAAAACACAUUAAGACAUCAAUAAAAUGGCAUUAAUAACAACCAGGGUGUGUACAAUACCUUCCUUCAGGUGAGUUCAGGAGGUAGCCAAUCAGAAAGCAAAUCAGAAGAAAGAAGCUCCUGGGCUGGAGCACCAAAAGCUGUACUUCCUCUAAUGUCCACCAGAGCAGUGGUCCCCAACCCCCGGUCCAUGAGUCGUUUGGUACUGGGCUGCGAGAGUUGAGACUCGGGUGUGAAAAUUUAUGGUUUUCAGGGUUUUUUUAUAGGUUUUUAUUGUUAACUCGGUUUCCCUGAUUAUUUUCCUGUGUGUUAUGAAUACAUUUUCUUUUUUUUGGUACUGGUACAGGUUUUAUUUUGUUGUAUUUAUCCGCGUCACCUUAAAGGCUGGUCAUGAAAAUACUGUCAGACAUAAACUGGUCUGUGGCGCAAAAAAGGUUGGGGACCGCUGCACUAGAGGUUUCAGCAGUAACUCCGUCCCUAUAGAGUCCACAUUAAAAUGUCCAACUUUACAGCAGAAAUAAACGUGUUUACAGCCUGAUGCAGAGACUGUUUUGGUCUAUUGAUAAUUUCCUCUCGAUAACAGCUGUUGUGACACCAGCCACAUGUCAGACA